AAAUCCCCCUGGCUCAUGGGGGCAGAGAAGGGUCGAUCGCUGUGUGAAGGGCUUUGGGCCCUGCCAGCAGGAGACGCCAGGGCAGCAACGGGGGGGAGACAAGGGCUGCUUGAGCCUAAUCGCUGUCCCUCUUUCUUUCUCUGCAGGGAGGACAUCACCUACGAGGAGGAGGAGGAAGAGGAGGAUGUCAUAGAGGAGGAGGAAGAGGCAGCCGAGGAGGGGCCCGAAGAACCGGAGCCCCCCAAGCCGGCUCCCCCGCCCCCACCGCCGUCCUCCGUCCCACUCCUCCGGCGCAAAUCUUCCGCCAACUACCGGGCCUACGCAACCGAGCCACACGUCAAGAGAAAAUCCAAGAUAACGGCAUCUCGGAAAUUACAGCUCAAGACGCUGAUGCUGCAGAUCGCGAAGCACGAGCUCGAGCAGGAGGAGGAGGAGCGGGGCAGGGAGAAGCAGCGGUACCUGGCUGAGCACUGCACCCCGCUCGCCCUGGCCAGCCUGCCCCUGGCUGAGCUGCAGGAUCUCUGCCGGGAGCUGCAUGCCCGCGUGGACCGUGUGGACGAGGAACGCUAUGACAUGCAGGUUCGGGUCAGCAAGAGCAUCAACGAGAUCGAGGAUCUGAACCAGAAGAUCUUCGACCUGCGGGGGAAGUUCAAGCGGCCGGCGCUGCGGCGGGUCCGGCUCUCGGCCGACGCCAUGAUGCAGGCGCUGCUGGGCUCCAAGCACAAGGUGUCCAUGGACCUGCGGGCCAACCUCAAGCAGGUCAAGAAGGACGACGCGGAGAAGGAGAACCGGGAAGUGGGCGACUGGCGCAAAAACAUCGACGCCCUGAGCGGCAUGGAGGGGAGGAAGAAGAAAUUCGAGACCUCGGGGCCUGGGCAGGGCUGAGCAGAAGCAGAGAAUUGCCGAUGCGGGGGGAGGGAAACAAGAUGAUGGACCCCAAAACUGCCCCCCCCCGAGCCCCACUCUCGAUUCUACCCCUCCCCGCCUCCCCAUUCCCCUCCCUACCUUCCCAGGCCAUGGCACCCCAC